CCUGACAGAUGACUGCGUCCACAGCCAGGCGGCAGGGAGGGUAGCGCAUCGGAGCCGCCGCCCCCUAUCUCUGAUCUCCCAAAUUACGCGCGUGCAGGCAGGUCAUGUGGAUUCUGAUGUACGAGGCAGGGGUAGGGCCGGGUCUCUUAUGAUCACCAACCAAGGGCUCUCAGAAGAUACUUAACGGAAACACGGACCACAUCACAGACAGGUAGAGGCAGACCUUGUGCUGUGAACGCUCAUCUCUGCAACACGUCGACAACGCCUCUCCACUGGUGUUCAUCAGAACGCACGCCAUGGCUGAGUACGACUACGUGGACCCCGGCUUCUUCAACACCUCCAGCGACGGCAGCUGGGGGCACGAACGCUUCUUGGAGUUCCGCAAGGUCUUUCUGCCCUGCAUGUACCUGGGGGUGUUCAUCUGUGGCCUGGCGGGGAACGCGCUGGUGCUGGUCAUCUACGUCUUCUACCAGAAGCUGAAGAGCCUGACGGACGUGUUCCUGGUGAACCUGCCCUUGGCCGACCUGGUGUUCGUCUGCACCCUGCCCUUCUGGGCCUACGCGAGCAUCCACGAGUGGGUCUUCGGUGACGUCCUGUGCAAGACCCUGCUGGGCAUCUACACCUUGAACUUCUACACAUCCAUGCUCAUCCUCGCCUGCGUCACCAUUGACCGCUUCGUCGCGGUGGCUCGGGCCACCAAGGCCUACAACCAGCAGGCGAGGCGGAUGGCCUGGGGCAAGGCCAUCUGUCUGUUCAUCUGGGGGGCCUCCCUGCUGCUUUCGCUGCCGCAGAUAAUCUACGGCCACGUCCUCUAUCUCGACAAGCUCGUCUGUGGUUAUCACGACGAGGAGAUUUCCACUGUGGUUCUCGCCACCCAGAUGACACUGGGGUUCUUCCUGCCCCUGGUCGCCAUGAUUGUCUGCUACUCGGUCAUAAUCAAGACUCUGCUUCGCGCCCGAGGCUUCAAGAAGCACAAGUCUCUGAAGGUCAUCUUCCUGGUGGUGGCUGCGUUCCUGCUGACCCAGACGCCCUUCAACCUCGUGAAGCUAAUCCGCAGCACGAACUGGGAGCACUACACCAUGACCAGCUUCCACUAUGCCAUCAUCGUGACGGAGGCCAUCGCCUACCUGCGGGCCUGCCUUAACCCCGUGCUCUAUGCCUUUGUUGGCUUGAAGUUUCGGAGGAACUUCUGGAAACUCGUGAAAGACCUUGGCUGCCUCCCUUACCUGGGGGUCUCAGGUCAAUGGAAGUCUUCCGACGAUGCCUCCAAGACCUGUUCUGCCUCUCAUCACGUGGAGGCCACCAGCAUGUUCCAGCUGUAGGCCUCGGCCGGGCUUGGAGAGCCGCUCAGGAGCUUAUAGGAACAUGGCUGUGCACUCUGGACGCCACGAGGAAGGCUUUGUUUAGGACUCACGCGUUCUCACGGAGAAGGCAUGCAGCAGCCGGUGUGGGAGCCUGCUUCUCGGGCAUGAACGCAAUCUGCUCUCUUCUCAAACCCUCAGGCCUAAAGCUCAGGGUUGGGGGAAGGGCUCUAAAACCCGGAAGCGCUUUCCUUCCUCCAUCCCCAAGAAUGCUGGCUCCGAGGGAACGAAGUGCGACCCUUAAGACCUUAGGCCCUCCUCCGUGGGGGCUGGGACCGGAUGCUGAAGGGCGAGCAUGGCCACAAAGCUGCUGAGGGCAGGUGACACUCCAGGCUCUCCGGUACAGAAGGUUCUUCUGGCCCCUGGGAAGCGGGGAGACGAGAGCAGCCAUGAAGACGAGGGCUCGUCCAUCUGGCUCAGACCUCAAUCGCCAGGUACCUGACAGAAAUGAGAUCAGGUUCUGCCUCACCUUCGGGUUUCGCCUUUGUAUAGAGAGAUGAUUAUGUUCUCUUCGAUUAAUCUCGGAAGGAGGAACACCAGGGGACACGAACGGGCCCAAACGAAUUACUCAGCCGAGGGUCCCAGCGGUCCACAGGAUGCUAGGAAAACGUGCAGAGCAGAGUUCACGACCAUCAUGGAUCUAAGCAGCAGUUCUGAGUCGGAUUCUUGGGUGCGUUUGCUCAUUGAAAAACUAAGCUGUCCAACGCCCGACAUGCUUGCGCGCAGAUAAAUCAUGUAUCAGUGUGCGUAGGAUACAAACACACGCAUAUCAAGUGGCACAUGUCUUUCGUGGCUGCGAAAUAAAACCCUUUUAAAGUCUCCAAGCUAUGUUUAUCCCCAGGCACAUUUUACUUUACCGUAUGCUUGGCACAUACCGGAGGUGAUUACUUGUGGGCUCAGAGCAUUGGGAAAGCAGUUAAAAUUGUGAACUUUGAGGGCGCGGCCCGAUCAAGGAAAUGGAACACAUCAGUGAUAACGCUUUCACCGUGGCUUUCAACCUCCUGCCCAAAAUGUGAGGUACGCUUGUGUCACCUCCGUAACAUGGUCACACGAUGAAGCAGUUCUAAAUGGCAGACGCUUGUGUGUGGUUUUUAGAUUAGAUCCUUGUAGCCAUCGGCUCUAUCGGCUUAAAGUUGCCUUUCUGGCUCGUGCUUCGCAAAACCACUCACCAAACCGGAGAGGACCAAUCACCUACGGUGAGAGAGCGAGCGAGCGAGCGAGCGAGCGAGCGCACAGGCAGGGCGGUGGGUCCGACCCGGCUGAGCGGUGCGGCUACGGGGCUGUCGUGGAGCCCUAGCUCCGGUGCUCACUGGUGAGCAUGACCAGCUGGCAAUCUCUUAACCUCUUUUGUUUUGGCGAGACACGGGCCAUAACAGCCCCCGCCUCUGGGGGCUGGGGCUGGGGGGGUACUUGGGACAGUGCAUACAGAACCGUUAGCACGGGGGGCACUCGGGGGUGGGAGGGCCCCAAAGAUGGCAGUGACAGCUCAAGACCUAGUGACACACGGAGGCCGCAGGUCUGUCCCGUGCGGGUUGGCAGGGUGCGGGAAGGGCGCCUGGCGUGUCACACGCACCCUGGUCCAGCUGCGCACAGGCCGGGCCUCGCAGGCCCACGUGACCCCCGUACCGUCUCACACUCGUGCCUAAAUGCACCCUGGAGGGCGGCAGCCUCACGGGACACAGGCCCUGUGGACUGAGCGCUUCCUCGCACGGCAAACUCUGCCCUUUCUAUGGUGACAAGCCUGACUUUUAUCUUCUUUAAAUUGGCUUCAAAUACAAAAAAAAAAAAAAGCAACAGGAAAAAAAAUAAAAA